AUGAAAAGCUCAGAAGGGCAUAUUAGAGGUAGUGACACGCUACGAGAUUUUAGCACUUCCUGUGGGGCAAAAUACCCUGACUUGCUGAAAUCAACGAAGUUGCGAAAGCAAAUCGCAACACUGUCACAGAUUCUCAAUCUUAAGGAAAAUGAACUGGAUAUUCUUGCGAACUUCUUGGGUCAUGACAUUCGCGUGCACAGAGAAUUUUAUCGCCUUCCAGAUGAAACUCUACAGACAGCCCGAGUGUCAAAACUUCUCAUUGCAAUGGAAAGCGGAAACUUCAGUACUCACCAGGGGAAAAGUUUGGAAGAAAUCGUUGUAAAUCCGGAAGAGGAAGUUGAACUUGAUGCAGAGCAAAGUGAAGGUGAAGAUGUCAGUGACAGUGAAGGAGAAGGAGAAGUAGAAGCUGCAAAUGGAGGAGAGUUGGUCAAAAAGCGUGGCAAAUGUCGACAGAAAAGAAAUCACUUACAACCAUCAGUGCCAGGAAAAAGGCAAAUUGAGAUUGCCCAGAAAAAGGAGCCAUGUUUAAGGACAAGAAGUUGGCGAAAUAUCAAGGAUUUUUUGUGA